CGGUGGUGCUCUUUCUAUCGGUUUUGUCCAGGUAAUCCGUUUAUAACGUUAGAACGCGUUGUUUGUAAAUUUACCUUUAUUUUAAUAUCAAAGAAGCGGUGUGACCUUAUUUACCAAAUGGGACGGAAGUGUUGCGUUCCGUCUUGCAACUCCAACUACGAUGCGAUCCGACGUCAGGGGCAAUCUCCGACCAGUACCUUUAAAUUCCCGGACAAUCCGGAGUUACGAAAGGCUUGGGUACGGGUUCUGAAUCGAAAUGACGAUUGGCAGCCGGGAAGCACGGCCAGUAUCUGUAUCCACCACUUCCAGCCGGAGGAUAUAGUGAGGUACGAAAAACCAGCCAAACUUAAACCAGAAGCGGUUCCCAGUAUAUUUGAAAGGAAUCAACAGGACCAUCGAAUAAAAAGAGGUCGUCCUAGGAAAAUGGUUGUGGAGCAUUUAGAUAACGGUGAAUCAAUAAAAGAUUCUCCACAGGAAGAGCCCUACAAAGUAGGACUGACUGAGACCGAUAUUAUAACUCCAGCAAGUGAAGUUCUUGAGGAGAUGAUAACGGAUUUUCAGCGAUUAAUCGAUCAAAUCGAGAAGAAAUGUGAUAAUUUGGGAAGCUGGAAAUACAACAAAACAACAGAUAUUCUUCAUUUAUAUUGUAUUCAUGACGACGUGGAAAAGGAUAGUCCAAUUUAUAUAGAGAACAGUAUCAAGAUUUUUCCCAAUCUAAGUUUGGUUUUAUUCCUGAAGGAUGUUAAACAAGCGCAGACCAAUCUGGAAUGGAUUCUGGGACACGAUUAUAAAAUAAGUAGAUGGUCACAAGUAAAGAUCCUGAUGCAGAAGUAUGACUGCAAAACUCACAUUAACAGAGAUCUAGAAAAUCAACCUAGGGAGUUGUUAAUGAAUGGUACAGAAGAUAAUGUUCUUGACUUUGAUGAGCAUGAAUUUUCAAGCAUUGAAAACAAUGAUGUCCAAGUGAACCAGACCGGAAAUGAAAGCUAUAAAUCAGAUGGCGAUUCUGAAGUGGAAAUAAAAAUCGAGUAUCUUGAUAUAUUCGACGAUCAGAGUGAUAACAUGUCGUCCGAGCAACUGCGAAAUAAUCCGAUUAAAACAGUAAAGGAUAGAGUAAGAACUCAAACAGAGCGUAUGGAAAGACGCAAAGCUCGUGAAACGAUGCAAGCAUUGAAAGCCAGCAAACAUAAAUGUUUUAUCUGUGAUCGGGAGCACGAAUCCUCAGAGGCCUUUGAGCAUCAUCUUACAGACCACACCGAUAUGUUGCCGUACCAUUGUGGUCGAUGCUCUAGCGAACAGGUGGUCGUUCGAACUCUGGCAUCCCUCAAUCGACAUUUUCUAAUGCAUUUGAAACCCCUGAAAUGUCGCGAGUGUGAUGUACGAUUUUCUUCCCAUGGCACAAGAAUGCUACACGAAAGAACUGGUCACGGUGAUGUGAAACCCAUGUCCUGUGAUCGUUGUGGAAAGCAGUUCCAGUCGGUGAGAAGUUUCCAGCACCACUAUAAGAUUCACACCAAUCCGGAAUCUAUGCGGUGUAAGCUCUGCAGCAAACAACUGUCCUCGGUCUAUGAGCUGAAGCUGCACAUGCGAAUCCACACCAAGGAAAAACCUAACAAAUGUCCCUUCUGUACGGCCAGUUUCAACAGAGUAUCAAACUUGGUCCAGCACAAACGUCGCUUUCAUUGUCAAGAAAAACCUUACCAGUGUAACGAGUGUGUUGAAACUUUUCUGACUAACGCCAAACUUAAGAGUCACGCUACCGUUCAUGAUCUUGGUAAGCAAUCUGUUCAUCAGUCGCCUCGGAAGCAGUCUAGUACGCCUUCUACGAAGAUCAGUUCCGAUAGCAUAAAGGAAUAUAGCUGCGAAUUCUGCAAGAAAGUGAUGUCAUCGUCUAAGCAGUAUUAUUCGCACAUGAGGCAACAUAGAAAACGUUUCCAGUGCAGUUACUGUGGGCUUCGUUUUGGGCAGCGAAGGGAUUUUGUGGACCAUGAAAAUACCCACACUGGUAAUCGACCGUACCAGUGCGAACUCUGUCCGAUGACGUUCAAAACGGCAUCCACGUAUUUCGGGCAUCGUUCGGUUCAUUCGGUACUGAAGAAGCACAGUUGCGAUGAAUGUGGUCAUAGGUUUAGCAGGUUGAGGCAUUUGACGCAACAUAAGAAGACACAUGUUCCUCAGAAGCAGUUUGUUUGCAGACAGUGCCAUCGAAAAUUUCAGUAUAAGAACGAUCUUCAACAACAUGUGGAUGAGCUUCAUCACAACGAAGAAUUCACCAAGGUCCAACAGGUGGUCAAAACAGUUCAAAUCCCUGUUGCGGACCCCAUUAAUGAUUCGUCGACUUUUAACAAACCACCAGCAAUCGUUGCGUCUGUGGAGCCAAUGCAAACCGUUCAAAUCACUGAGGCAAUCGUUCUUACAGCCGAAAUGUUAUCCAAUAAAAAAAAUAUCAUUUUGCAACAGUGACAAAAAAGGU